UUAUCGGUUCCAAGUUGAGACUGGUCGCGGAGGUUGCGUCUCCUCCUUCAGGAAGCGUCUCUGGCAGCAGAUCUCGCGAGAGUUGCGCGGUCGCUCGGCAGCAGUCGCUUUUGUAGCAGGGCUGAGGGAGACGGAGAGAGAAGGUAAGCGGGGAGGCUGCAUCAUGGCGGACAGAGACAGUGGAAGUGAGCACGGUGGAUUCGCCACAGGUCCCGGCCCGAUGCACCCGGGCGCCGCGUCGCGGAUCCAGCACGACACGGAGGAGCUCGCCUCGAAGCGGGUGGACAUCCAGAACAAACGCUUCUAUCUGGACGUGAAGCAGAACGCCAAAGGCCGCUUUCUGAAGAUAGCAGAGGUCGGGGCCGGGGGAAACAAGAGCCGCCUGACUCUCUCCAUGUCCGUCGCCGUGGAAUUUCGCGACUACCUAGGAGACUUCAUCGAGCACUACGCCCAGCUGGGCCCCAGCAACCCUGACACGGUGCAGGACGAGCCCAGGAGGGCGCUUAAGAGCGAGUUCCUGGUGCGCGAGAAUCGGAAGUACUACAUGGAUCUGAAGGAGAACCAGAGGGGGCGGUUUCUCCGGAUCCGGCAGACCGUCAACCGCGGGCCCGGCCAGGGAGCCUCGCAAGGCCAGACCAUCGCGCUUCCCGCACAGGGACUCAUCGAGUUCCGCGACGCGCUGGCCAAACUCAUCGACGACUUCGGCGUGGACGAGGACCCCGCGGAGCUGCCCGAGGGCACGUCGCUGACGGUGGACAACAAGCGCUUCUUCUUCGACGUGGGCUCCAACAAGUACGGCGUCUUCAUGCGGGUCAGCGAGGUGAAGCCCACCUACCGCAACUCCAUCACGGUGCCCUGCAAAGUGUGGUCCAAAUUCGGCGCGACCUUCUGCAAGUACGCGGACGAGAUGAAGAAGAUCCAGGAGCGGAGCCGGGAGCGGAGGGCGCGCGAGAUGCUACCGGAGGGCCUGCACGGGGACGACGGGGACGGGGACGGGGACGAGGACUAAUGCAUCUAUGAUGCACAGAACGAAUGACUUGAUAAUCAGACGUUACUGUAAUGUGGGAUCGAUCUACACACACACACAACCCUCACAGACUCAAACAGUUACAUCUCUUCACUCAUCGCCGGAAGUUACCCACUUACCCACCAUUUAACAGUAAGACGCUGCUAUCGACAACAUGAUGUAUGAACCGUGUCCAGGAUGGUGCAGGAGUGUGUGUAUAUCCCUCUUUACCCACGUGUGUGACACAUCCAAGCUCUUGUGCAGCACUGCAAAAAUCCACUUGUUUUCCAGUACAAAU